CAGUGAAAGUAUUCGAAUUUCGAAAUCUUUGUUGACUGAACCAAUGGCGAAAUUUGAUAAGGUUGCAUUGUUAUUGCUGUUAUCAUUAACGGUGUUAACAAUAUGGUUUCCGAUUGUUGAAUGCACAAAGAAAGCAGUAGGGGUAGCUAGAAAAGAAGACAUUCCCUAUAUAAAAUGUCAGGUGUGUGAGAAACUGGCAUAUCAGCUGUACAAUCAAGUUCAGAACAAACAAAUUGAGAUCUCACCAAAGAAGAUCUCGGAGUAUCAGAUAAUAGAGAUUUCAGAGAAUGUAUGUAAUUUAAAGAAGCAGGAAGCUGAUUGGAUCCUUAAAAUUGAUAUAGUUGAACAAGGAGAUAGGUUGGAGCUGCUUGAACAAGACUCUGAAGGACAAUGUAAUUCGGAAUGCAAAACAUUAGAGCGUGCUUGUCAAGAUGUCAUGGACUAUUCUGAUACGGAUGUGGCAGAAUAUUUAUACAACAACAAACCAGAUCUUGAUUCUUUGAAAAGUUUUCUUUGCAAGGAUUUGACCAAAGCUUGUAGUAAGGCACCACCUCCAGUUCCUAAGAAUAGAGUCCCAGGAGAACCUUUUGUUGCCAAGUCCUCAAAAGAGGCUGAAAUGGAAAAGCUAAUGCGAUCCAUGCAGGGUAUGCCUGGAGCCCCCGGUAUGCAAAUGUAUUCCAGGGAAGAUUUGAUGAACCAAAAGUUCGGUGAUGAAGAUGUUGAUGAUGAUGAUGAAGGGGACUUCCCCUCAAAGCUGGGAAAGGUUAUGAAAGAAAAAGAAAGUAAGAAGAAUGAUUGGAAGCAACGGAUCACAAAAGGAAUUCAGGAUACAAGUGAGACUCUGAAGAAACACGCUAACAGAGUAUCCUACAGGAUGAGAAAGUGGUGGGGAGCGAAGAAAGCACAAUGGAAGAAGAGUUCUAAAACCGGUAAAGGAGAGCUAUAAUGAGGAGCAAUUCUUUGUUUCCUCCUCUUUCUUUUCACCCCUUAAAAUAUAGUCUGAUGUUGAAUCGUAAGAGUAACACAAAGCUAUGCCACUAAAGAGAGACUGGAUAUCUGUAAUUCUCAUCUUAUGGCCUUGCCCACGAGAUUUUUGUUUCUCUGCCAACAUCUUCAGAGAUUAGAUGAUGUCACGUACUUCUACUUUAGGUCUAAUAUUUUGUAAGUCUUUUAAUCUUGUUAUACAUUUAUAUGUCAAAAAAAAUUAUAGAUAACUUAAUACUAUUUUUAAUUUUUAUUAUUAA